AUGAGACGAGAGGAGGACAAGGAGGAGGAAAGCGGGAGGAAAAUCGCGAGGAAAACGACGAUGCGGUCUCGCUAAGAGGAUUAUCAAGAUGUGAAUGGGUACUGCUUCAGUUAUUUCUGGCUGCAGUUUUUGCACCUAGGCACCUUUUUGCCUUCUUGAAAAUUCUGACGACUGACUUGGUUGGAAAUCUACAAGUUACGUGGAGUCACAUUUGACUUUGGUUGUGACAGGUGCUCACAUGGAUCACUCAUCAAGAAGUGGCAACAGUUAUGAAUAUUCAUAGAGGUACAGCUGGUUCGCUCAUUGGUCCAACUUGCUCUCAUGAUUUGCAUAGUAAUCACUGGCAAGUUUUAAUACAGCAGGGAACCCAUUCAUGAACAUUCAACACAUGGGUCAUUCACUAUUGUAUAAGAAGCUGAUUUGCAUAGCGUCUGCCAAUCAAGAAGGGCCAACCUGAAAGGGCUGCAAACCAUUGGAUAGUGCAUCACAACUCGUCCACAACUCAUGAAUAUUCACAAGAAACUUAGACCAAUCACAAUCCGCGGUCGAGUUAAGCAAAUCAUGAAUAUUCAACAUGUGACAUCAGCAGUGGCAAGUUUCUUUCAACUCACCACCAAUCCAAUGCACUCUGAUCCAGCGCUGGUUAAAAAGAAAUAGAUGUGACACGUAUGCGAGGGUUUCCUGAAGGGGAAGCAGCCCAUUGAGAGGUUUGCUAUAAAUACCGGAGGGAGACCAGUUAAGUAGGGACUACUAGAGACUUGUCAGGUCAGGAAGCGAAUCAGUACGGGUGAACGGUCGUUACUCGUUAUACCGACCGUGGGACUUUUACACUCCUCGACUACUCUUGCCACGGGCCUGUGCAAAUUGCUCCUCUGGUCGUUUCACACGCACUGAGUGCCGAGCUAAUAGGGAAGGAACAAAUCUCAGACCAUUGUGCUGUUUAUAGAGACUAAACACAUACAGUGGAUGAAUGAACUGGAUUCAACGUUUUGGAACUUCAAACAAGCUUUCUGUGUUCUCAGAAACAAAGCUACAUGUAAGAUGACGAUUUUGUUUUGAGGUUUUGUUUAUUUGUUUUGUGUAAGCGAGAUAUAAUUUCUGGAGAUGUUCUGUUGAUGGACUCCGAAUGCACUGCAGUGAUCGAGUUUAGUGUCAAUUGAUUUUCGUCCGAUCCCCGAGUUUUUAGUGUUUCUAGUACUGUGAACAAAGGAGAGAUUUAAAGAUGGCGUACCCAAGUUAUGCAACACUCAACAAUGGCUACCGGCACCAGCGCAGCCACCGCCACAUGCCGCAGACCAACCCGCGCAUCUCGUCCCGUCGCGGCCUCCACCGCAACAUGAACAACAACCAGAAGGUCUCGGACGUCAUGUACGGGGCUGAGCGGCCGCGCAUCAAGAUCGCCACCAACGGCUUCUUCGUCGAUCGCAACAACAACAACAAGCGGCCGCGCGACAUCUUCAAGAAGCCGCAGGACCCGCCGCGGCCCAAGAAACAGCAGCCCGUCUUCAUGGAGACGUCCUUCUUGAAUGUCUACCCCGACGAGUACUCUCUUGAUCCUCCGAGCCCGGUAAUCCAGGCGCCGCAACCCUCCAUGCGCCCCGCCUCGCCGCCUCCUUGCGCUCCGCCCGUUGACAAGAACGAUCUCAUCAACUCCUAUCUGAACUGUGAGAACCGACAACGGAGUAACACUAUGGAUUAUUUGAAUGAGGUCAAACAGUACAUCAUGCGGACGGCCAAGAAGAAUCGAAGAAAGCCUAUGUUAUACAACUUACAGCAGGAAGCCCCCAAACCGAAGCGGAUUGUGUGCAUCUUCUCAACAGACAAUAAACCACACCACUAUGGCAGAGAAUACCAUGGACCUAUAUCUCGAGAGGAUGCUGACAACCUCUUGACCAGGGGAGGAGAUGGCAGCUACCUGGUGAGGGAGAGUGUAAGAGCCCCCGGCAGUUACACGCUAGGACUAAGGCUGAAUAACAUGACACGCAAUUUCCGUCUGUACUACGAUGGCAAGCACUACGUUGCCGACAAGCGCUUCGAUGCGCUCCACGAUCUUGUGGAAGACGGCCUCAUCACACUCUACGUUGAGGCCAAGGCGGCCGACUACAUCAAGUCUAUGGAGUCUGAGCCCAUCUACGAGAAACACUCCAAGUACGCAACGAUACGAGACAAGAGGCUCAGCAACGGCACCGUGGUUCCUCUGAAUGUCGGAGGACGGAAGGGAUCCCAACAAGAUCAGGUUGACUCAAGGACUGGUGGGUCUUGCAUCGACAAUGCGACAUCAGCAUCUUAUGAGAAAGCUCAUAAUUUCAAGGUACACAACUUCCAGGGGUUUAUUUGGUGUGAGUACUGCGGUAACUUCAUGUGGGGCCUCAUUGCCCAAGGAGUCAGAUGUACAGAUUGUGGUUUGAGCACACACAAGCAGUGUUCAAAAAGAGUGCCCUUAGAUUGCACGCCCAGCUGUCGCCUCAUCAAGCGUGUGUACGGGGUGGACCUGACCACGCUAGUCAAAGCGCACGGCACAACGCGGCCGGUGGUCGUAGACAAAUGCAUAGAGGAGCUUGAGUUGAGAGGUCUGGAUAUAGAGGGACUAUACAGGGUGCCAGGCAUGCAAGACGACAUGGAUCUUUGCAGACAACGGUUCGAUAAGGAUGGAGUAGCGGCGAAGAUCAGCACCAAGGAUUUCCCCGACAUCAACGUCAUCUCUGGAGCUCUGAAGAUGUACCUGAGGCAGUUGCCGAUCCCACUGGUUCCUUUUGAGAUGUACGAUCGGUUCAUGAUGGCAGCAAAAGUGUCUGAUGCUAUGGAGAGACUACAAGCUGUCCAUGAGGCAAUGAAUGAGCUGUACAACACCCGACCGGCACACUACCAUACAUUGAAGCAUCUCAUCAACCAUCUCAACAGAGUGGUGCAGCAUAAGGAGAAGAACAAGAUGAGCGCAGAGAACGUCGGAAUCGUCUUCGGCCCGACGCUCUUACGGGAAGCCAACGACCAGACGAUUAUGGAUAACCUCUACCUGCUGCAAUACCAGAAGAAGGUAGUCGAGAUCAUGGUGGAGAAUCCGGACAUCCUGUUUGAGAAGUGA